AGCUGACUGAUUGUCCUGCGCGCGGCAAACCAAAACAAUCCUUGUCACCGGUUCCCCGGGGAUCGGGGAAUCGAUCAAUAGCUUGAAGAGAAAGGAAAAUCUAGAUUCAGGUCUUAUCUCUUUCGCCCGGUCGGUUAUUCGUGUUUUAAAACCUGAACUGCUGUUAUUGAUUGAACUACGUACCGUGCCGUUGAUGUUAACCGCGAGUGUAGACCGGCGCUUCAAUGCAGGGCAGUUUCAAGAUUCAGCUCAUAAACAUGGGAACACGGGCCGCGGCCUAGGUAUCUGAAACGGGUGAGGGCCCAUUGCGUAGUCACUUUUUGUGUGUCCCAAUGCAGGCACAGGCGUGCGAAAUGCAGUUUGUAUUGGAGCCGCUGAAUCAGAAAGUCACGGCGAAGAUCCGCAGCCUGUAUGACUGUCAGCUGCGGUUGAUGCACAAUAUACAACCACUGCCCUCUGGCGUUGAUAUUGCGAAUACUGUCAAAUACUUCUCACAGACUCUCCUUAGUGUGCUAAAAGAUGUGCCACGAUCACCGCUGGAGAUGCUGCGUGAUGCAGACAAUGAUGCGGAUAGAAUGAUCCUAUACCCGAAUUUGGACUAUAAGGGCCUGUUUAAUGCCAUAUCACAGUUGGUCGACGCUGCGCCACACCUUCAGUAUGGAAUACAGGCAUUCGGGCAAGCGGUCCUCCAGUGUCUCGGCUGUUUGCUGCCGUUUCUGGAGUAUGACAUGAUCGACAAUCUGCCGUACCUGGUGGCGUACUGCGUAGCAGUGUUUCCCGUUGCACUGCACCAAGAAAUACUGCAUUUGCUCUGCUAUUAUAUACUGCCCUUCACUAUCACACGAAAGUACUCUGGACAGGAGGAAGAGAGUCAAGCUUCUCAAUCUGUGGCCGCCAUUAUAAUGAUGGUUUUCCAACACUCAAGUAAUCCCGCUCACCACUGCCAGCUGCUGGAGUGCCUCAUGUGGAUGAAGCAGUCGGUGGUGAAGGACGUGCUAUGCGUGAUCGCGUACGGCACGUGGGGCGCGCGCCUGUCCGCUGCCAAGCUGCUUUUCUACUACUGGCCGCCCUUCGACGCCAAGCUCUUCGACCGGAAGGGGCUACUCUGCAAGUUCUCCAACGAUCUGGUGCCGUUCCUCUGCCAGCGCGACAUGUGCCCGAACGCGGGCACGGCGGAGGCGGCCAAGGUGUGCUACGACCACUGCAUCAGCGUCACUUUCGCUUCCGACACGCCGCCGCCGCUCUACCUCUGCAUCGAGUGCGCCAACGAAAUACACAGAGAGCAUCCAAAUCAACGUUUCUUCGACAUUCUACACCCGCAACAGCAAGUGUCUAUGGUGUGUGAGAACAAGAAUUGUCGUUCAACUGAUAAAGCAGCAUAUUCCAUUUGCUUUUCGAAUGAAUGCGCCAGUUAUAACGGAAAUCACCCUAUCAGGUACUGCCAGCAGUGCCACGGCAACCGCCACAACGUGCGGCGUGGCGGCGACCACGUGGUACACACGCGGCUGCCUCCCGCCUGGCAGAUGGACUCCGACAUGCAGACCAACCUCGUCGAGGCCAUCAUCAGUUUGCUGAAAGAAGCCAAACCAAUAAAUAUGGAGGAUCCGGACAGUUCGACGGAACAACUGAAGCCACCACUUACGGUGAAUUUACCCGACCCCAUUUCAGUCGAAGAUCGACAACUACUUGGAAGGUACGGAGUAUGGCUGAUGGUCGGCCUGUGUACACCAAACCCCGAUACGCCGGAUGAGGUUCUGGGGAGGCUACUCUCUGUACUCUUCCACUGGUUCCACGUCACCUCCUUCUCAUAUACAGGCGAGACGGCGAACACGGUGGAGAAGCUGAAGUCGGAGCACGUGUGCGGCUGGGUGCGGUCGAUCGGCGAGUCGCAGCGCGGCGUGCUGGUGGCGUGCCUGCUGCCGCACCCGCCGCACCACACGCGCCACGCCGGCCACUGGGACAACCUCGCCUCCAAGGCGCACCACCUCAAGGACGGCCUCAACAGGUUAUAUUGUUUGAUACCGUAUGGCAUAAUCACCCAGUCCAUUUGGGACUAUAUUAUGCCCGCUUGGAUGGAAGCUAUAUGCACUGAUGUGCCAGAAAAGGAAUUAAUGGAGCUGAAGGUACCGCUGGCCAAGAUCCUGGAGCCAGACGGCAGCAUGGUGGGCGUGGACGAGCGCAACUUGUACAAGUUCGCCGCGCAGAGGGUCACCUCCUCGCCCACGCCGCAAACUGUACUGCCCGUACUCGAGUGGUUCCAGACAAUAUCGAUGUUGGAGGUUAAAAUCCCACUAAAUCAGCUGUUUGACCUGUUCAGCCACUGCGUCGUCAACAUGCCAGAGAAGAUAUUCAAACCACCGUCUGAUAAAUCGAAAGAACCCAAAAGCUCGCCAACUGGUGCUGACAAAGAGAAGAUCGAAAAAGAGGAACAGACGAAACCGCAGAACCUCACCUGCUGCAUCCUCAUGCUGGACAUCCUAUUGAAACAGAUGGAGCUGCAGCAACGUCGUAUUAAUAUUCAGAAUGUGAGCAGUGAAGCGACCAAACUAUUACGACUGAUGCUCAAGUCUAACCAAUUGAACACAGUUGAACAUGCCGUGUGCGUUUCGGAGGGUGCGUGUUCGUACUGUGAAGCAGCGGCGCUGUGGCAUCAACUGGCUGUGUUGCUAGUACGCGCGCUCGUGCCCGACCGGCCUAAGACCACUGAGCCGUCCAUGGAAGACAUGUGGUCCGAAAGCCAACCGAAGAAGAAUCAGUCGGAGGACGAGCGCAGCAAGUCGGGCGGCACACCGGCGGCGUCUGUGGAUGCCCUAAUGUCCAUAGCGCACGGGGUGGGCGUGGGCGUGGGCGUGGACAAGAGCUCAGUAGGGGGCGUUCUGGUGCAUAUGCCACAUUUUGUUCAUUUCAUGCAACUGUCACUAAUAAGCGACGUCGGUUCGGACCCCACACUGACUAAAUCGUCAGGGGACACGCAAAUAAUGACGGCGACGGUGGAGACGAUCACGGAGCAGCUGGACAUGGCGGUGUCGCUGCCGCCGGCCGACGCGCCGCCGCUCGUCACCGCGCACACCGUCACGCUCACCGACACGGACGUCGCCACCGCCACCGCCGACGUAUCCACACCGAACUUGCUCGGUGAUCACGAAGCUAUGGGGGAAUCGGUCGAUGAUGAUAUGACCAACUUUUGGCCGACGUCCGCCGGCAAGUUCCACUUCUGCAUCGACGAGCUGCCGCAGGAGUUGCAGUACAUCCACCAGCUGUUACAGGAGCUGAAGAGCACAUCCCGGCCCGACGUGCUGUACCACCUGCUGCAGUGCCUGCAGGUGCUGGUGCUGAACGCGGACGCGCUCGCCGAGCACAGGGGCUUCCUCAUCUGGUGCCAGGAGAACCUGCUCAUCGACAACCUGUGGAACGUGUGCAAUGCGUCGCAUUCGCACAUCAGCUCGGUGGCGGUGCCGGUGCUGCUGCACUGCGUCACGCUGGCGGGCGGCGCCGACGUCUUCUGCAACCUCAUCCGCGACCAGUUCCAUCACCAAGACCACCGUGUGCGCUUCACGGCCGUUGAGCGCGUCACCAUCAUCAUCAGGUUCAUGGACGGGUCACCGGUGAAGACGAGCUUGCCGCUACAGACAGCGCUGGCGACUGCUUUCUGCUACCUAAUCUCUAGCAUGGACGACAUCAAUGUCUACGUUGCACAGCGAGCCACCCUCUAUAUAGGCACCAUACAUGAUAACGCCAUUGAGCUUCUGCUGUACUGUCUGGAGACACAGUUUGACCUGGUGAUCGUGGACCGUCCGAUGGUGCUGCAGUCCAUCUACCAGCUGCACAACACUCUCAGCGACCGCCGCAUACUCAACUGGGACUUCUUCCUCAAUCGUUUCGAAGCGCUAUUCCUAGAGGCACAGAUCAAUUCGAACAAAACUAUCGACUUUUCCAACUUGAGAGAGCUGGUGAGCAGCUCGGCGAGCUCGGAGUGGUUCGUGUCGAAGGUGCGGCGCGCGCACUCGGCGCUGCAGGCGGGCGCGGCGCACUCGCUGAGCGCCUCCUUCGGCCCCAAGUGGCCCUACAAGCGCACCAUCUCCGCGCCCGCCACGCUGCCGCCGCACCCGCCCGACGCGCGCCUCGAGCGCGAGAAGGUGUACUCGCGGCAGUACUCGGCGCCGCUGCUGAAGCGCAAGACGUCGCGGUUCGGGCUCGGACAGCUGCUGGCCACGCCGCAGCCGCUCGGCCCGCCGCCGCGCGCCUCCAACUCGCACGAUGGGUUUCAUUCUUUAUCUGGCCGUUCGACCGAAGAGACGCUUACAACAGUACUGCCUAAAGCUGUAGACCUGGAAGAAGCCGACCGGGAAACCACAAACUUAUUGGUGUUCCUCUUGAUGCAGUUUUUAUCCAGAUCAGACCAGGCUCAUCCGAACGAAGAUAAAGCAUCGAUGAAAAGUCAAGAAUUGGUAUUGAAGCAUUUGUUCUUGCUGUUGGGAUACAACUGCGUCGAGAAAUAUUUCCAUAUUUCACCAUACACAUUGAGGCAAUCGGCGAUUUUCAACGCGUUCAUGGCGAACUUACCGCAAGUUUUGGAUCAGAAUCACGUGAUGGGUGCUAGUAUUGCUGAACCCACGUUGCUAUUACUUCAGUACUGCUGCGGCGGCGGCGCGGGCGGCGCGGGCGCGGCGGCGGGCGGCGCGGCGGCGGGCGGCGCGGCGGGCGCCACGCUGGCGCCGCUCGAGCCGCACGUGCGCCGCCACUGGCUCAUGGCGCUGCUGGUCGUGCUGUACAAGUACCACUACGGCAGCGGCGCGCUGUGCAGCCAGGUGCAGGCGCUGGUGCGCGUGGUGCUGUGCUCGGUGGAGGCGCAGUACCACCAGUGCAAGCGCAUCCCGCCCAUGCUCGUCAUGCCGCACUACUCGCACCUGCCGCACCAGCCGCACCACCACGCGCAGCACGCCCAGCACGCCCAGCACGCGCAGCACGCGAGGAACAGAGAUGUAAACCAGCCGUCAGUGAAGACGGAACACGAGCCGCUGUCCGCUUGCGGGGUGGCGGUGGCGGCGGCGGCGGCGACGAGCGGAGCGGGAGCGAUGGCGGGCGCGGGCGCGGCGGCGGCAGCGGCGGCGGGCGGCAGCCCGGCGGCCGGCGAGCGCAAGGCCGGCAAGCUGCACAAGUCGCCCGCGCACAUGCACACGCACUGGGAGGAGCCCGCGCCGCACAAAUACCAGCAGUGGAGUCUAGAGCAGGAAUCGUCGGAGAGCGAGUUGAUCGCCAUCCCGGAGACCAGCGAUAAAUCAGACACCACCGUUCACGGCAGCACUGCGCCCGGCUCGUUCGACGAACCGUCUCAUUAUGAGGAUCCGCCUAAAAUUGACACACCAGCGACAUCGGUCCCGCAGUCGCUCAGCAAAAUUCAAACGGCCGCGGUGGGAUCGCGAUCGGCUCACCAACUAUCGACGAGUUCUUCUGUAUCUAUCGGCAGUGAUUCGUCUAACUUUACGCACUGUACUAGGAAAUCAACGCCAAUGAGCGGUCAGUCGGUGGAGAUCUGGCCGGAUCAGCUGCAUGGGCAACAGACGUCGCCGCGAACCAAGGUACUAGGCAAGCAGAAACGGAUAGUCGUGGGCAGCAGCACGUCCCCGGACACGGCGCCGUCGUCGGUGGGCUCGGGUCAGUUCGCCGCCUGGCCGCACUCGCGUUCACCGCCUCCGCAUCACCAUCACAUCAAGAGUCCAGGCGCGGGGUGCACGUAUGCGUCGCCCGAGUCGCCGCUGUCGCGGAUGGAGCUAGGCUGGAGUGCGCCGCGCGGGCCCGCCGCUGGCCCUGCGCCCCUCGCCCCGCAUGCACCUCUCGCGCAGCCAUUCCACAUCCCGCCGCAGGAACGGUUGCUUCCGAUUGGCCCAAAACCAAACAAAGAACAAUAUCCAGUAUUUAACGCCCUAGUGGAUAGGGUGCGAGAGGCGUUAAGCUUGCCGCCAGACGAUUCAACUGAUAAAACGGAUUCGAGUCGUUCAGAUUUAGAACCAACGCCAACGCCGACAGAUAGACCUCAAGAAUUGAAAAAGUUUCCAUCGGAAGGUAGCAGCAGGUCGCACGGCACGUCGCCGCGGCGACUGGCGCGGCAGGCGGCGCAGCUGGGCUCGCCGCCGGCCGCUGAGUCGCACGCGCACCGCCCGCACAGCACGGAGAGCGCGUGGUCCACUGGUGGAUGGUGGGAAGCAGAAAGUCGUGGGGGUCGACGCGCCGCACACGCAGCGCACGCGUCCGCUCCGCCGCGUCCCGACACUACACUUUGCUACCGAUGCGGUGAGUGCGGCACGGCGGUGGAGCAGUACAGCGACGAGGAGCUGGGGCUGUGCGUGAUCGUGCUGGCCACGUUCGUGCACCGCGAGCCCGCCGCCGCCGCCUCCAUGCUGCCCGCCCUGCUGCACAACGUCAGCAGGGUGGUGCAGCUGGGGCAGUACUCGUGGCAGGUGGACACGAACACGCGGCUGCCUGGCAGCGCGGUCUUCGUGGCACAUCAAUUCCUGCGCUGCGUGCUGCACCAGCUCGCGCCCAACAACGUCUUCCUGCAGAUCUUCCUGCAGAGGACGCCUGAAAAGCAACGGCUAAUGUUCUUCAAGAGUAUCGCCCAAGCUUUCGUGGAUUUCAACGAACUGUACCCGUGCGGUCCGCUACAGUUGGUCAUCGAACAUCUUAACUCCAAGAAAACAUUACCAAUUGAUCAAAUAACAGUAGUGGCGGGCAACAUCGCGAUGUACCUGGAGUGCCUGGCGCCCGAGGCGCUGGGCCCGGGCGGCGCGUGCGCGGCGCUGCUGCAGCAGCUGGAGGCGCUGCUGCGCGGCACGGCGCUGCAGCUGGCGCAGCUCGACGACGCGCUGCCGCUGCUGCGCCUCGCCGCCGCCGCGCUGCGCGUGCCCGGCGCCGCGCAGCACAAGAGCAUACUGGAGCCAAUCUCGAAGAUCGUGAGCUACGCCAUCCAGAACUUUGUGAUCCGGUUGUCAGUGAUCUCGGAGCUGAGCAUGGCGUGCGUGCGGGUGUUCAGCCGCGACCGCGACCGCCUGCUGGUGUGCCGCGUGCUAGUCUAUGAGCUGGUGCAGGCGCUGCGCACCAAGACCACCGUGCCCGAUGAUAACCUCUUCGUGCUCAUACAGUUCGUGCUGCAAGGUCACGGCUGCCGCCUGGCGCUGCCCGGGGCGCUGGGCGCGGGCGGCGGCGGCGGCGGCGGCGGGCUGCUGGCGGCGGGCGGCGACGCGCGCGAGCUGGGCAGCGGCGCGGUGGACUGCAUGCGGCCGCACCUGCCCGACAUGCUCGACCUGCUGCUCGACCCGCAUCUGCUCAACAAGAUCAAGGGAUCCGUGUCGAAGUCGAUAGUGAAUCGUAACCUCAUCUGUCUGAACGAGGACACGCUGGGGGCAAUUGUGAAGGGCGGCAUUGCACAGUACGUGGCCAUGGAGCUGGCUCUAGAGCAUUCACGCGGCAAGCAGGACCGCGGCCAGGCGGCCCGGCACAUGCCCUGGCUCACCUCCUCCAUACCCGGGUCGCGCGAAGUAAGCGAGUGCGUGGGCCGUGUUCGGCUCGUGUCGUGGCUAGUGAUGGGCGCACUGUGCAACGCCCGCGGCCGACAGCCGCUGCAGCAGCCCGUGCCGCAGGACGCCACCUGCCACAUCACCGACCACAUACAGACGAUAAUGUCAUCGUAUGUGGAGCAAACUAAACCGGCACCACAACGCAUGAACGCUCUGUUCCACGCGUUCAUCCUCUGCCAACUAUGGACGCUGUAUUUAGAAGAACUGGCGUCCGCGAGCACGCCCAGCAGUGAGCCGCACAACACCACUGUCUGCAUACUCCUGGAUUUCUGGUGCAAACUGGUACCCAGCAUUUUGCAGGUCACCGUGCAGUCCAAAGUGUUGGCGGAGACCGUAAACUUGCACUUCUUGAGUCUGCUCGAGUCACUAUUGGAAUGUAACUCGACGGUACUCAACAAACUGCUGCCCUUGUGGAUACCUAUACUGCACUCUCCGUUAUUCAACAUGCCGCGUCACGUGGAGCAACGUCUGGAGAUGUGCCGCGCCGUUCGGCCGCCCGCCGUGCACGCCGCCCACGCCCACGCGCACGCCACCCACGCCGACCACCACACGCACGCGGCCCAGCGCCGGCUGCACCGGCUGCUGGCCAAGAUGGCGCAGCUCGAGUUGCAACCUCACAGUUUCUACUUUAUAUAAUUGUAGCAAGAGACUUUCAUUAUAAGUUUUAUUUAACUACAUUAAUUUGUCUAUGGUGUCGAUGUGGAAAAUGUUAUUUAGGUGAAAGGUUAACGAAAAAUAUAUAGAAUACUAUUGUAUUCUAGAAUAGAAUACUAUAAUCUAUUUGCUUUAAAUAGGUCAUACAAAGUUCUCAUUUAUUAAGUAGAUAACUCCAUAUUUAGUUAAUAUUAUACAACGUGAAAAUCUACUAUGUAGACAUAGAUAAUAUCAGUAUCACUCCGAUAUCUAUCUAUAUAUUGGAUUCUUCUGGUCAUUUAUGGCGGAAAAAGGUCAUCACACCAGUCAGUUAUCUCCAUUUGUUUAAAUCGGGUGCUUUAUUUCAAUAUUAUAUAUUGGACAACCGAUAUUUAACGUUUUUUAUUAAGCCAAUAUAUAGAUAUUGUAACUAUAAUAUUGGAUAUUGCCAUAUAUUUACUACUAUGUUCAAAUAUAGCACGUCAUUAUGAACAAGGAAUCAAAUCUCUGCAGUCGGAGAAUUAAGCAUGAGAUGCAUAAAAGAUUAGAGGCCUCUAAAUUCUAACUUUAUUUUAAUAUUAUUCCGAAAAUCUGAGCAACAAGAAAUACAAUUUUUAUUCUCACUUAGAAUAAGGCUCGAUCCACUAUAGUGGCGGUCUCGGUCCGAUAUCAGUGUAGUAAAAAAAUAUUAUAUUGGAAAAAAUGUGUGCAUUCACACUAAAAUCCAGUUUCGUUUCGGUUAAUUUUAAACUGUUUCUAUUUGACCAUAUCGAGAGUAAACCGAGACCGGUAAUAUCCGGCCUAAACUUCUAAUUAUUUUUGUAGAUUUGGCCUAAAAUUAUAUUUGGUUUGACUAAUAUAAUCAUAAUACAGUUAAAUCACCAAAAUAUAUUUGAGAUAAUGCAAUAUAGAUAGAUAGAUACUCUUUAUUGUUUCCUCCAUAAGAUUACAAUAGUAAACUUAUUAUAAUUAAAAAUAAUUACAAGAAAAUAUUACACUAAGAAAACAAUGGGUGGCCUUAUCGCUAAGAGCGAUCUCUUCCAGGCAACCUUUGGAUGGAGAGGCGUAACUACGAGGGUCAUUUAAAAAGUUCUUAGCCUAACAUGGUUAAAGUCAUUGGUUUUUUUAUAACUACCCUCAUUUUGUAGUUACAUUAUUUAGCAACAAGUAUGCACAGUUUAAUUUAUUCACAAUAACUCAUUGUUCGUAUAAACAGUUUGAUUGGAGGCACGAAACUUUUUUCAUUUCUUAAAUACAUGUAAUAUGCAUACGUACAAUAAUGUGAAUAUAGAAAUGCAAAUUUUAAGUUACUAAUACAUACGUAAAUAUAUUAUUUUAUAUGUACAUUAAAAUGUUUAUACAAAACACAUGAUUGUUACGGAUAAUUAGGUUCAUAAUUCUAUUAAUAUUACAAAGGCAAAAGUUUGUAAGCAACAAUGGAUAGAUGAUUGUUUGUUACUCGUUCACGUAAAAACUACUGAACGGAAUAGAAUAAAAUUUGGUCCACGGAUAGGUUUUUUUUUUUUUUUUUUUUUUUAUGCAACUUAGAAUGACAAACAAGCUGACGGCCCACCUGAUGGAAAGUGGUAACCGUCGCCUAUAGACAUGAGCAGUACCAUGGACGUAGCAGAGUAUACUGUUUCACCCAUGAUACCCCCCAUGCGUUGCCAUUCCUGAGGACUCAGGUGUUAUUCCUCUGUACCCUGUAAAUUCACGCCAUAUCCCACCCUUCAAACCGAAACACAGUCAUGCAAACACAACUGCUUCACGGUUGAAACACGAAUGGGACAGAGGUACCCAAGCAAUCGACUUUUGUACAAAGUCUCCCUCUGGUGGUUAUGUCCUAACUUAGCAAAUGGGAUACUUAUAUGUUAAUUUACGAGAGCAAAGUCGCAGGAAAUGCUAGUUAUAAUUAAAUGAAAUAUUUGUUACAAAAUUAGUAAUAAACAAAUAAGGUAUUUAUUAUAGAUGUCUAAACGUCGAUCUUAGUUUUAAAUUGAUUUAGAUAAAUAUACAUAUUGACGUUACAGCCAAUCACUUGCCAAAGUAUGUUUUAAUAAGAUUGUGUUAGAAAUAAUGUUGUUGUUAUAAUAAAUGU